AUGGAAUUCAAUUUGUCCUUAGAUAAUAAUAAAUUUGUCGUAUCCGAUAAUGAGAACAAGAUGAAAUCAGCUUUCAAGGACUUGUGUAUUCGGAUCGGAUGUUCAAUUCAUUAUGUUAAUAAACAACUUGAACACUGUUUCACCACAGAUAUUGUUGAUAAAGCUCCAGUUAAAUGCGAAAUCGUUCAGCAAAUGUUCUUUCAUGUACGAAAAAUUGUAUCUCAUACCAGACGAACACGUAAACAAACAAAAUUAUCUCGUAAACUUCAAUCAUAUUCUGAUACCCGAUUCAAUGGUGCAUUUUUAACAAUGAAUGUUUUCUUAUUAGUGUUCGAUGAAUUACCUGGUGUUUUAGAUAGAACUCUUAUGAAUGAUUAUGAAUCAAUAGAUAAGGAUUUACUUUAA